AAAGACGUAGAACCGAGUGAAAACGGAAGUUUCGAUAACAGCUGCUCUGCUAAAUCGUCAUCGUUUCGAAGAAUAAGUCGUUUGAAGUAAAACCAUUUCACAAAUCAUCAUUUUAUAACAUAAGAAGAUGGCAUAAUCGCAAAUAAUCGCAUUCGAUACGAUAACUCGUUCAUAGAGUAUACUAUUUCGUACCGAUUUGAUUUGACAUCUUCCAAGGACAUGAAAAUUCGACUUCUUUAUUAACUCGUAUUAAUUACGACGCUCGCUUUCGCAAUGUACUGCAAGAACUUUCGCGCUACAGUAUGAAAAAUCGAUUAUACGAUUAUAUCUGCAUCUUCGUCCUGCUCGAGAUAAUACCACCGCCGAUCUGCUAUGCGAAAGUCAUCAACGAUGCGUACAGAACAAAGCGGAAUAUUUCCGUUUUUGAAAUACCACAAUCGAAAGAAAACGUCAAUUAUGCAAAAGACUUGCAGGAAGUAAGCUCAAAAAUAAAAAAAAAGGAUAACAAUAAUUUCGAAAAAGGCGAUAAGUAUUUCAAGGAGAAGCACAAGAUUUCAAAAAGAUCUACGAACUCCGACGAAAAUACCGAUUUCCAACAAUCAAACCCUGAAAAACCUAUCAAUUAUGACAAUGUAAUCGCAAUCAAUCAUCUCAAUGCGCAACGCUCAAAUGACGACGAAUCAGAUUACGCAGGAGAAGCGGAUGAAGAGAUGGCGAAGCAAGAACGCGAUAAGGACGAUAAGGACGAAGAAACGAGCAGCCUCGUCCGCUUAGCCCGUGACGUAAAUGCUGGUCUAGACAAAUAUACUGAUCAGGAACAAUCGAGCCUAUACGACGAUUACGAGGCAAAAGACGUCGCGAAGCGUGGUGUCUUGGGCAGCCCGGAGGAUUAUGAGGAAGCGGAAGUUGACUCGCCGGGAAUAGAAGAUGUGGCCGCGAUGCAGGAACAAAGGUCAAUGACAGACGAGGCCGACAAAAGAGAAGUGCAGAACGAUGCCCGGGUGAAGAGAGAUCAAGCGAUAGCGGAAGCGCCUGAUCAAUCCAAGUCAAUUUCAGACAAUCCAGUGAGGUCAGUACAGUCGAAGAUCGCGCCAGAGGAUUCCUAUUUGCAUCAAGUUUCUCCUGUCGAAUCAUUGAAUAGUUUUAAUGAAGCGUCAGCUCCCAAUGACGCAUCCAAGAUCAAAGAGUUCGGAUCGAAUGAAGCGAUUUCAAAAGCGGGCGAUGCUUCGAAGAUCGCUGAGCCAGCGAGUAUAAUUACUUCGUCCAAGGAAGAUGAAGCAAACGCGAAAUAUGAGAAACGCGUAGAGGAGGAGAUUCAACGGAAGAUUAAUGCAAUCAAGGAGGAGAUUAAACGUGAUAUCGAGGCGCAAGGGCGCGUACGGGGCAUUGAAGAGAACAACGCUAGGUUCGACGAAUUGCAGAAUCAAGAGGGCGAAGAUGAGGAGGGAUCGAGUUUUGAAAACGAACCGCUCGAGAAACGCCAGACUGCAGCCAAGAGAUCCGUGCGAGAAAUCGCCGAUAUUGCGGCCGCUUCGUCAAAGAGAAACGGCAAGAAACGGUCUUUGAAGAAACAACAACGUAAAAAACCGCAGCGAACUCGAGCCAAAAAAAUCGGCAAAUCAGAUAUCUCGAAAAAAAAUAAAAAUCUGAAGAGACGAUCCGUGGUUAAUCACGAUGAAUCCUCGGGGCAAACUCCUUCAAAAGGGCUUUCGAAAAAAAAACGCGAACACGUCAGGCAAACCUUCCUGGUGAGCAACGAACAAGCAAAAAGGAGACGUUCGACGAGUUACGCGUUGCCAUCCGGCCCAACGGACGCCAGAUCGGAAAAUGAAUUACUCACGGAUCAGGAUUCAAAUUCUCGUCUCCACACGGACAAUAAAAUGCUUCAAGCACCUUUAUCCGUUGCUAGUGAAGAUGAAAAUAAUGAGGGAGAACGGAGUCCUAUUGCAGCAGCCCACUCGAAUUCUUUAGCGUCUCUCACCGGAAGCUCGCAGGAAUUGAAUCCGCGUUUAGCGAAAGAAUACAAAGAGGCCUUCGGUGGAUUGCAGAGUGAGCCUGGCAGCGCUUUAGCUAGAUUCAAACGGAUCAAACGCGUGCUUGAAAGUCCCGAGACGGAGAAAAUGUGAAAUUCUCGAUAGUUUUCGGUAAAAUGGUCUAUUUUAUAGGUGGAUUAAUUUUUUUUAGCGCGUAGUCUUCAGGGUGAAAAUAUUUCUAUAUAUAUAUCGCAAGUGAAAUUAUAAUAUAUGAAAAGUAUAACAUUAUUUUUAAGCUGACAUCGCAGUAACGAAGGAUUAAGUAAUAGGAUUAAAGGCGUAGAUUUAUGUAACGGAAUAGACUUCUGCGAAAGCAGAAUAAUUGCAUUUGUAAUUAGAGAAAAAAAUAUAUAGCUCUAAUAGGAUGUAAUGCCAUCAAUCACGAGACACUCGGAGAUUGUGAGUCAAUUUAAUUGUAGCCUAAAUGAACGAUAUAUAAAUUCUUGACAAAAGUGAAUAAUUACGUUUUCUACCACUAAUUACUUAUAAACCUUUUACGUCGGCCGUGUAGCGUUAAAAGAUAUAAAACGAGUCUAAUUGCUUCUCGGACGCUUUUUACAUCUUAAAAUAUUACAAGCUAUUUAAAAAACAUCUUGCAAAGUAAAUUGCACGCCAACAUUGCUUACGCGCACAACGAUACGCAUGCCUUGCGUGCGCGUACAUUUCAGUAAUUCAUUAACUUUAUUUUGAUAAAUUUUAAUUUAUUAACAGACAAUAAAAUUCAAAUUAGUCAAUUUUUAACUUCCGCAUAGUACAUACUAGAGAAACAUUAUAUACAACAGUGACUGAUCGAUCGUCGGAAGGCAUUACUUAUUAAUUAUUAUCGUAGACCAAAUGGAGAACCCGAAGAACGCGAUACUCUUCAGAAUCGCAGCACAUAAAUCGAUGGGACAGUAAAAGUUCACAUGCUUUAAAAAAAA